GGCUCAGUAUCUUCUAACCAGAUAUAUUCAAGACUGAUUUUAGUUAAAGUCGAGACAGACAGACUGUGUGAUAUCUAUGGCGGCACUGAUUUGUUCCCCACUGCUAAGGUCCUGUGCUCGCAGUCUCAGAUCUGUGGAUGGAUCCAAACACAGGCAGACCUGGAGAUCAUGCAACACAAACUUGUUCCAGUGGUGCCGGUCACUUCAUGUGGACAGUGCUCCUCUAAAACCCUCUCUGACCACCAGCUACGUCCAUGGCACCUCCUCCUUCUCUCUGCUCCCCAUGACUGUGGGUCAGAGCCUGGAAACCACAGUCAAGCUCUGGCCUGACCGUGAAGCUGUGGUCUGCCCAGAGGAGGGAGUUCGGAAAACCUUUGCACAGUUUCAGGAAGAUGUAGACAAGGUGGCUGCAGGUCUUCUUGCUCUGGGCCUGAAGCAAGGCGACCGACUGGGAGUAUGGGCACCCAACAUAUAUGAAUGGAUACUUUUCCAGUUUGCUACAGCCAAGGCUGGAAUUAUACUGGUCAGCUUGGAAGCUGUGUACACAUUAAAAUGGCAUUUACAGCAUUGUAGCCUAUUCAGUUCAGUCCAUUCUUUCAGCUAG